CGUGAACGCCAACGCGAAAAAGGGUUUGCCGUCUGCCUGCAGAUAGAUGCGGCGUCCCCGUUUACUUGCUUAUUUAUUGCUUCGGUGGCCGGUGAGGCGCGGGUCGGCGUAGCCGCUAGACUCGACUGUCGACUCGCAGUCACAGUUGCUGUUCUGAGAGCACAAAGCCGCCACCGCAGGCAGCUCCAUACCGUCUUCCCGGUCUCCGUUACUGCUGCCAUCCGGCGCGCGCCGCCGGGGAUCAGGCGGCACAGGGAAAGUGCCGUGCCUGAUCACAGGAUACUGGACGUCGUUGCAGAUCCUGAGAUGGAGGAAGCGGAUGGGAGUGGAGGAGGCAUCCCCUCCGUGCUGCCUCUCGGCUCGCUCAUCUCUCCUUCCGGGAACGAGGUGGAGCUCCCGGAGCUAGACGGCAAGAUCAUCGGCCUAUACUUCGCCGCCAACUGGUACCCCAAGUGCGAGGCCUUCACCCCGGCGCUGGCCGCCGCGUACCAGCAGCUCAGGGAGCGCGGCGCCGGCUUCGAGGUCGUCUUCGUGUCGUGCGACGAGGACCGGCCGUCCUUCGAGCGCUUCCACCGCGCCAUGCCGUGGCCCGCCGUGCCCUUCGGCGACCUCCGCUGCAAGAAGAGCCUCAGCGACAUGUUCCGGGUCGAGGGCAUCCCGCGCCUGGUGGUGCUCGCCACGGGCGGCGCCGAGGUCGUCUGCCCCGACGCCGUCGAGCUCGUGCACCGCUACGGCGACCCGGCGUUCCCGUUCACGCCGGCCAGGGUGGCGGAGCUGGAGGCCGACGAGCGGAGCAAGUUCGCCUCCCAGACGCUGGAGAAGCUCUUCUCCGUCAGCCACGUCAAGAACGGCGGCGACGAACAGGUCCCCAUCGCGAGCUUGGUCGGGAAGACGGUGGGGCUCUACUUCUCGGCGCACGGGUGCGAGCCGUGCGCCAAGUUCACCGCGAGGCUGGCCGCCAUCUACGGCAACCUGAAGGGCAAGUCGGCGGCGUUCGAGGUGGUGUACAUCCCCAUGGACAAGGAGGAGGACGGGUACGAGCGGUCGCGGCGCGGCAUGCCGUGGCUGGCGCUGCCGUACGACGGCGGCGACGGCGCGCAGUCGCGGGCGCUGGCCAGGUACUUCGACGUGCGGGAGAUCCCGACGCUGGUGGUGAUCGGGCCGGACGGCAAGACGGUGACGAGGGAUGGGAGGAACCUGGUGAACCUCUACUUCGACAUGGCGUUCCCGUUCACGGAGGAGCAGGUGCGGCUGUUGCAGGAGCUGGAGGACGAGCAGGCCAAGGGGUACGCGCCGUCGCUGCGCCACGCCGGGCACCGGCACGAGCUGAGCGUCGUGUCGGAGAAGUCCGGCGGAGGGCCGUACGUCUGCUGCGAGUGCGACGAGCAGGGGUUCGGCUGGGCGUACCAGUGCAUCGCCUGCGGCUACGAGAUACACCUCCGGUGCGGCCGGGACGUGGAAGCCGGCGGCGCCGUGGGAGCUGGUCAGUAGGCCGGAGUACGGGACCGUAUUGUACACCAUUAAUCUGAGUGUUGUGUGUGCGUGCUAUGGGAAAUGUCAUGUUGCUAUUCUCAGGUCCGAUGAUGGUACUAGAACAGACGAGAAAUGCCCAGUGUGGACUUGCUCUUGGCAAGUCUGAUACUAGAAUAGACGAGAAAGGCGCAGUGUAGCUUGGUUUGGGCAACUUUAACCGAUCCCAAAAAAUAGAGCAGGAUCCGCCGAGGAUAUCCAAGGUGGACCCUCAGACCGGACCGCCUUAUUCGGACCGUGGAAAUCAUCAUACAAUGUGGUCCUAUAUUGGUUCA